UUCGCCCGGAGUACACGUCCUGUACUUGGCAUCUCUCCACAACUUAUUACGAUAAAUUGGAAUUCUCGAACCGAACUGUGUUUUCAGUUUUCUAUUAUGUAGUGAUUGGAUUGGACUGGAGUGGACUGUGUUUGUGGUUUUACCGGAUGUUGGAGCCGUUGCCGAGGACAAUCAUGAGCGAGAGCGGUACCAAGGGUGGGAGGCGCAUCCCCACCCCCAUGCCUCCCCCUAAGGAGCUGCAUCCUAGCCGGUCCGCUCUUAGAUUGGUCGGUUCGGAGGCUUCAUACAAAUUAAGUCCAUAUGAAAAGGAAGCAAUUAAUGCGGUCAAAGCAACGACCCCAAAAAUGGACCGUAACGGCUACUUCUUCUACGUGGCCUCUACAGCGAAGAAGAAAAAGAUAAGCCUGAUGCAGCCUAAGCCCCCGCGGAUGGCUUUCGAGGAAAAGCGGCGGCCAGGGGUGGCUGAGAGGUUGCAUAGCUCCCCAUUUACCCACAGUGUGGCUUCAGCGGCCACAGAGAAAGGACGCGGGGAUUCUAUGUCGCAAAGGCUCGGAACAGACGCGCCACGCGCGCGUUUAUAUACGCAACUCGAAAGUUAUCAACCUCGAUAUCAUACGAUACGUGAGAAUAGUGAUAAGAGAGUGGAGAGUGAGUGUAAAAAACGGAGAAAUGAGCAGAGGAGAGCUGGAUACCAGAGUGUCAGAACAACAAAAUGCAGCAGCGGCUCCCCACACCGGGAGCGCAGAAGACGCGAAGAGGAGUCCAGUUCCUCAGGGUUCAGCGCUGCCUUGCACCGCAUGCCGCCGCCUCCACCACCCGCCUUGCUGCGGCGACUCGGUGUCAAGGAGCCUACUGGUGUGGGCAAGGUGAAAGUAAUGCUUCGAGUGGGCGCAUCAGGCGAGGGUCCCUUUACGAGUGGCACACAGACCUUCUCUCUCGACAAGCGCAAGAAACAAGUGACGCUGUGCGAAGCGGCGCCCGCGGCCACCGCUCCUGAGGACAGAAAAGUUGGUGUUGCUGCCCCGAAGAUGUUCGCCUUCGAUGCUAUAUUCUCCCAGGACGACUCCCAGACGGAGAUCUGCUCGAGCGCGCUGACGGACGUCAUUCACGCCGUCAUCAACGGCACGGACGGUUGCCUCUUCUGCUUCGGACACGCAGGACUAGGCAAGUCGUACACAAUGCUGGGGCGACCGGAUGCAGCCGCUUCUCUGGGCGCGAUCCCUUGCGCCAUAUCCUGGCUGUUCCGUGGCAUCGCGGAGCAGAGGCACAAGUGUGGCACGAGGUUCUCCGUCAGAGUGUCUGCUGUGGAACUGUGCACGAAUACCAACCAAAUUCGUGAUCUACUGGCACCUUAUCAGAACGAUACCGAACAGUCACCAGGCGUAUACCUCCGAGACGACCCGCUAUUCGGCACACAUCUUCAGAACCAGUCGGAGCUGCGGGUGCACAGUGCAGAAAAGGCCGCGUUCUACCUCGACGCAGCGUUGGCCACGCGUGGGACAAGGGAGGAGGGGAAGGACAGCCAUCUUUUGUACACUUUACAUGUUUACCAGUACAGUGUGGGGGGAAAAGGAGCUGUUGCCGGGGGCCGCAGCCGUUUGCACUUGAUAGACUUAGGAAACUCGGAACGGGGGAAAACCAACGGAGGAAUACCCCUGUCCGGCUUAGGAAAUAUACUUCUUGCAAUAUUUAAUGGUCAAAGACAUUUACCGUAUAGAGACCAUAACCUUACACACGUUCUAAAAGAAUGCUUAGGAUCUCUCACGUGCCAUACAGCGAUGAUAGUGCACGUUUCUCCAAACCUCCAAAAUUAUUCCGACACUCUAACAACCUUACAAUUAGCAUCUAGAAUACAUAGGUUGCGGAGAAGAAAAGUAAAAUAUAGUUCAAAUAAUAACGCUGGUUCCGGCGGCAGUUCUGGUGAAGAUGCUUCCAAACCAAGUAGUAGUGAACCUGAUCCAUCUAGUAGUGAUUUAUCAGCUGAUACCGUUAUAUACGUUGGACCUUUAGACGACGCGACAGAUGGGGAACAUCCGCCUGUAUACAUACCGCAUAUAAACUCCGGUGAUAACAGAUGCGUUUUAAGUAAAGCUUUAAGAGGAUCGUUGGCUGAUCAAAAGCUAAAGUCAUCGUUAACAAAAGUUGUCGAAGAAAAAAGUCCCAUACACAAGUUACAUUCAUCACCUAAAUCAUCGCCUUUGAAAAAUAUAUCACAGCCGAUUCACACACCAAAAUCUUCACCAGUACAUUCUGCUGCGUCAAAAGCAGCUCCAAUCAAGAAACAAAUGACAAAACACGGUGAAGAAGGAAAAAGUACAAGUGAUGAACAAUGGAUUGAUGGUCCUAGAAUAUCAAAAUCAAAGUUGGUGGAAGCUCGACAUAAUAUAAUUAAAGAAACACAAGGAAAAAAGAGAGAAACUUGGAUAGAUGGUCCAAUGCAGGAACCAAAAAUCCCGCUUCAAUUUGAAUCCGUGCCAAUCCAGCCAUCUAACUCUAUACCGUUACAAGUUGGAGUUCUUAAUUCAUAUGGAGGUGAAAAUCUGGGAUAUGGAUAUAUGGACAAUCAUAAGAAAAAUAUGAUCAAAAAGUGGGUAGAGAAUCAAACUUUUCAAAUUCAUAAAUCCAGACAUAACUCACCAAGCCAUAAGAGCCAAACAAUAACAAAAGAUGGCCCAAGAUUACCCGAUGAGACUGAAACUACUCAUCGAAUGGAAAUGAAAGAAGCAACAAGACGAAUACAUGUCGAAGAAUCUACUAUUAGAACAGGUUUAAAAGCUGGAUCCAAGGGUAUGGCAAUUGAAGAAGAAGGGCCUCCAGAUCCAAACGCACUGAAAAAAUCAGCUAGCACAACAUCUUCGAAUAAAAACGAACCAGAUGAAGAUGAUGACAGUGAAGAAUUAGCUGAAAUACCACCUGCACUUCCACUAUUACAGCCAAGUAGUCUUAGUAGUAGGGAAGUGUCAAUGGAAAGUUUAGAUAGCAAAUAUAAAGAAAGAAUGAGAAUGGACGAUGAAAUGGUUUCUACUCAUAGUCGAGACAUUGAUCUUCACGGAAUGAGUAAAGGUCCAGCUGAUGACGAGGAUGAAAUUUUAGAAAUAAUUGAAGUUGAAGAGCCUUUAGAACCAGUUCCUAUGCAAGAUUGCUGUCUUCAAGUUACUGAAGAAGACAUCGCGUAUUGUAUGGGAUAUUCAGAUCAUUUCUUUGGAGAAUUAGACCACGAAGAUGGUGAAGAUCACCCACUUAGGAUACUAAGCCAAGAAAAUCUCACAGCAGCAUCAACCUUUACAGAUACACUUUCUUUGUAUAGCGAAGUCGAAAGACAAAUUAGAAACGAAGCAUAUCUUAGACAAACAAUCGGAUUCUAUACGCAACAUUAUGGAGAACAUGCAACAGAUAUACACCCGCAUGAGAGUUUACCAUCUUCACGUUCAAGAUUAGAAGACCUCAUGGGCUUAACAGAGUUGUAUGGGUCACGGAGAAUGCUCGAUAGCCACAACUUAACAGCCGCUAGAAUCGCACCUCAGUUCCAAUCAUUAUCUUUGUGUAAUGUGAGAGACACUGAAGACUUUCACGGCGACGGAUCCGUUUAUAGUGAACCUGCAUAUCGACCUAGUGAUAAAAUUUGUGAUAGUUGCAAGAGAUCUAUGUCUAGACCUGGUAGUGCAGUAGGAGAAUGUGAUGCAUAUCACGACUUAGAUGUAGCGCACAACGAUUCAUACGGCCCUUUUGAACGAUACAGAGCUAAUGACAUAACGGAUGCACGAAUAGCAUCAUUGAGGCAUCCAGACGGUGCUUCAGAUCCAAAUUUGAGGGAAGAAAAUCGAAUCCCAGGUAGUGGAGCACCAUCUAGUACAUUUCGAGACCUGAAAUCAAAUUUGCACCUUGAAGUAACGCCGCCAGUAACUACAGAACCACGAUCAGAGAAGUGUGAAAAGGGUGACAAGAAUGUAGCUAGAGUUGUUGGCAGUUGUAAACCUGAUGGUUACGACAGUGGCCAUGAAUCGACACCACGUACUGGGAAGCAUAGUCCUGCGGCAACAUCGAGAAGAGCAGAGUCCGGUUACGAUUCAGUACCCAGAGACUCGGAUGCGUCGUCUCUAGACUCCUAUCCUACACGUAGAGCAGCUGUCGCGAGAGCACACGCAAAAAAACAUACCACUGCUAAGUAUAAACAGCACAGCGAUAGAUCUUUCUGCUCGUGGCUAAGAAAUCCCUUCACAUGCAAAUACGCGGACACGGAUCCCGAAAUUAGUGACUUUUAACAAUAAAACAACCUAAAAACUAGAUGUAACGGUACAAAGUCGUACUUAUACUUAGUGUUUAAAUUCUAAAUAGCUCGUAUCAUUAAGCUACGUUACCGAAUUUAAUCUGGAGACUGCUUUUGUACUCUAGAUAUACUCGUAUUUAUAUAACAAAAGCUUUGGCUCUGAUCCAAUGAGGUUACUUACCGCUGUAUUUUUCUAAACCCUACGAAGCUUCUAGCUCUGCUCCGAAAUAUAUUUUUAAAGACGUACUUAGUGAGUUUAUUGGAUCGUAUAGUAAAUGUACCUAACACUUUUGUAAAUAUUGAAAUACAGUCGUGUUAUGCAACGAAAAUCAAUCGACCUAGUUCGUGUAACUAUUUCUGCUCAUUUUUAUACUUUUAUAAUAUACUUCGAAGUUUUUAUUUUAUUUGUAUGUUUGUAAUAGCGUCUAUUAAAGCUUUUUAUAACAUUUUUUUUUUAUUAAGAGUAAGAUACAAAGUCUUCCUCGAAUCUCUAUCGCAUCUAAAUAAUAUUGUAUUUAGGAGGAACUGCAAUACUUUCUAUGUUUGCUACCAAUGAAUUUUGUAAAUGUUUUUGACGCAUUUCUUCCAAUCACUUAAUAAAUAAAUAACUAACUAUUAAAUUGUCUAUAUUGAAGAUUGUAAAUAAGUCUUCAUUUUAUCUGUUUAAAAUAAAAGUAGCGUAUUCUUUAUUAUAAGGUUUAAAACCUAUUAGCCUAGAGUCAAGAUACGGUUUUCUUCUAUCAUCUUCCGUGAAAGGAAUUUGUACACUUUACGUCACUAGGUACGUAAAUUGAGAGACUUUAAAAAGGACGCCUCGCCGCACUUUUACUUUGCACCAAUGUGUUUUGAGCCUAAAUGUGUUUAAUUGUUUUUUUUUUAUGAAAUAUGUUAGCCCGUUGGGUCUAAUUAAGUGAAUGGAUCGAAUGUUGUUAUAUUAUAUUUAUAUACAAAAAUUAUCUAGAAUUAAGACUGUUGUGUCAUGGCCAUGUUCUAAAUAGCUUUAAUACUUUAAUUGAUUAUUAUUAAUUAAUUAUCAACUCCAAAAUCGGCUAGUCCGUUUGUAAAUAAUACUCGAUUGCAAUCACUAUGGCUUUAUGAAAUGUUGGUAAACUUAGUUAACGCUUUAUUGUCAAUGUUUUGUUAUAUACCAUUUAAUAUUAUAUUAAAAUAUUAUUAUAUCGUAAAUUCUACUA